GUAGAAUUAUAACAAUCAUUGAUAAUUUUGGAUAAUCUAAAGAACAAGUAAUUGUUCAUAAAUUUUAUUUAUUAUACUAAUUAUAGUUUUUAAUUUUACAUAUGUCGAGCACUAAUAUAAGUAAUGAAUAUGAACCUCUUGAAAUCAUAGGUAAAGGAUCAUUUGGUACUGUUAGGAAAGUACGACAGAAAAGUGAUGGGCAAAUUCUUGUUCGAAAGGAAAUUGAAUAUACUUCAAUGAAUGUUCAUGAAAGAAAUCAAUUAAUUUCAGAAUUAAGAAUUCUUCGAGAAUUAAAUCAUCCAAAUAUAGUUAAAUACUAUCGUCAUGAUCAUAUAAUAGAUCACAAAACAAUUCAUAUAUAUAUGGAAUAUUGUGAUGGAGGAGAUUUAGCUCAAAUCAUUACAAAUUUCAAAAAGAAUAAAGAAAAAGUUCCUGAAGAAUUUAUUUGGCAAGUUUUAGUUCAAACAUUAUUAGCAUUAUAUCGUUGUCAUUAUGGUGUAGAAGCAUCAAAAGUUAAUUUAUUUGCUGGAAAUGAUGAUAGAGAACCAACAAUUGAUUCAGAAACAGUUAUAAUCCAUCGAGAUAUAAAACCAGAUAAUAUAUUCUUAUUGAAUUCAGGAAAAUCAAUAAAGUUAGGUGAUUUUGGUUUAGCAAAAAUGUUAACAUCAAAUAAUGAUUUUGCUAAAACUUAUGUAGGAACUCCAUAUUAUAUGUCACCAGAAGUAUUAAUGGAUAAUCCUUAUUCUCCUGUAUGUGAUAUAUGGUCAUUAGGAUGUGUUCUAUUUGAAUUAUGUACUUUACAACCACCAUUUCAUGCAAAGACUCAUCUUCAAUUACAAUCAAAAAUUAAAAAAGGUAUAGUGCCUGAACUUCCAAGUCAUUAUUCAUCUCAAAUUAGAAGUAUAAUUAAAGAUUGUAUAACAGUCAAUCCUGAUACAAGACCUUCAUGUCAUGAUUUAUUAGGAACUUUAUCAAUUAAAUUCUUAAGAAAGGAAAUGGAACUAAUAGAAUUCAAUUCAAAUUUAAAAGAAUUCCAAAAUCAAUUAGCUAAAAAGAAUGAAGAAUUAAAGAAUAAAGAAUUAUACUUAAACAAUAUCGAAAGGAAAUUAUUACUUAGUAGAGAGGAACAACAUCAAGAAUAUUCAAAUAUGGAAAAGAAAUUCAUACUUCAAAAGAAGCAAUUUGAACAAGAAAUGAUUGAAGAUUUUGAAAUGAAGAAAAGGGCUAUGGACCUUGAAGCUAAAGAAGUAAGGUUAGGUUAUCAAAGAGAAUUUAAAAUGGUUGUAGAGCUGGAAGUUCAACAACGUUUGAAAGAGCUCAUUUCAAAACAAAGUGAUGUGUAUCGCAUAAAGUCAGAUCCCAGCAUUUCAGGACCACAACUGCCAUCCCUUUCUGCUCAAAGGUUAAAUUAUGAACAACAAAGAUUACGAGGUCCCAGAGAUCUUCUAGAAGAACAACAACAACUACAACAACAGCAACAACUGCAACAGCAACAGCAGCACCAACAACAACAAAUGAAAAGAAUUCCUCUCAGAUCACGAAGUAAUGAAGAUUAUGAUAUAAAUCACAAUACAGGUCAAUUUAAUAAAGCUGCGCCCCAGCAUACUUCAAGAUUUCCAGCAUCGAGCCCAAAGAAAAGGAUAACUGAUGAAUUGGAAAGAUUAAGUUUAGAGAAAAGGAAUACACCAGAAUUCGAAGAAGUUUAUUUACGUAAAAAUGGUCGUCAUUAGCAUAAAUUUUUAUUUUUAAAAAUUCUAAAAUAUUGUAAAUACUAUUUAAUGAAU